AUGGAAAACGAAUCUUGUUACGGAGGCGGUGACAUUGCGGGUGCCAUCUUCGGCACGCUGCUCGCCGUCAUCCUGGUGGCGGUGUUGCUCUGGUGGCUCUACAAGAAGAAUUACAUUCUGAAGCGAAAAGAUCCUCAGCUGGUAACGGAUGACCCGGAGGCGAUAGCAAAGGGUGGCGAAUAUGCGUUCGACAAUCCCGCAUUCAAAACGGACGGCGGUGCGAUGGGCAACAGUGCAACCAACGGCAUCAGCAGUAGCGCCCCCAACAAGACCGGUUCCCCGCUGGAUCCGAGCUGGACCGCCAACAAGCAAAACACCAUCGAAAAGCGCAAAACCGUCGAUGACAGCUACGUGAAUGUGACAACACCGCGGCUAGUAUCGCUGCGCGGUUCCGACUUUACCGGCCUGGGAGUGGAAGUGUACGGUGGGCUGAAGGAAGGCAUCUUCGUGAAGAAAGUUAUGCCCCAGGGUCCGGCCGCUGGUAUCGUAAAUACAGGUGACAGAAUAACGAGCAUCACGAUAGAUUUUCGACACAUCGUCCAGGAGGACGCCAUGACCAUUCUAAGCUACGCCUCACCCUACAACGUACAGCUCGAGCUAGUUAGUGGCACCAAACCGGUGUUACCGCAAACCCAGAGCCCGAAACCGGGACAUCAGAGCCUCACGCAUCCACUGUACCGAUCGAGCAGCCAGUCGGAUCUGAACACGAUUGAACGCAACUCGCGCAAGAAGCUGUUUCCGAGUGAAGAUGCAUCACCGCUAAAAAUGGACAACCGGGCAGCCAGCCCGUGCAAAUUAUCGCUCCCGACGGUACACAAGGAAAAUGAGCGGGAAACGAAAAAACACUCCUUCAAGCAGCAGAUGCGCGAAAUGAUCGAGGAAAAAUUCCAAACGAAGCAUGCGACGACCGAUGUCGAGCGUAAGGGUUCGGGUGCGGCGGAUGAAGCGGGAAGCAAGAAGAGUGGACACAAGUUCGGUAUCCGGGUGUUUCCUCCGUCGGUGAAUGAUAAGUUGUUCGGUAGCAAAAGCCCUACGAAGAUACAGGCGGACAAUGAAAACAAUAGCAACAUUGAGAAGAAAGAAUCGGACGACAAGAAAGAGGAAAACCGUAGUACACCACAGCAACCACCAUCACCACCGGUAGUAAAGAAGCGUACCAAGGCCGAUCACAAGCUGGUACCGGAUGUGGUCGGUGGUCAGAUGGUGGUCCCGGAAGGCGGUGACUUUCAGCGCCAGAAUAGCCUAACUUCCAGCGGCAUACGUCGGGAUGCGGCUGGUAUUCCGCAGGAGAUGCCAAGCUUCAUGAUGCAGGCAGCCAAUGCUGCCCGGGACAAUCGUAAAUCGACGAACGUGGUGGCAUCCGGUGCGGUGGAGGAUGGAAAGCGUAAAGGAAAGGCGCCACUCCGUCCACCACAGAACGAAUCCGAGCUGGACGAAAGCACGGUCACGAUAGAUACGAAUCUGAGCAGCAUUGAUGGUAGCAGGACGAUACUGAACGGUAGUGUCGACAUGCCGGACACACGAACCGCACACCCGCGCAUGAACUUUUCCGACAACUUCGCUGAGGAGGUGCUGAACUGUACGAUCGAUAGCAUUCAUAGUAUCGAACAGUUUAAUGAGACAGGACCGAGCAACAGCUCGACACCGAAGAGUGAGCGGAAGAAAUCAUCCUCGCUGACGGAGAGUGAGCUCAUGAUGCGAUCUACCAGUCCCGGGGCUGGCGAAAACGAAUCGGAUGUCGAGCAGGAGCAGCGCAUCCGUCAGCCUCCAACGCCACCGCGCCGUGAAGGCAAUAAGAUCGAACUGAACGCGGAUGACAUCACCGUUCAUCGUAGCUCACCAAGCCCAGCACCGGACAGCAGCAUGGAGGAGAUGGAUGACGAACAGGAAGAAACCAACCGUCGUACGGCGAGCUUAGGUGAUCUGUCGAAGCUGGAACCAACGGGCAAAACGAAUCAAACCGCCACAAACAGCAACACACUCGAACGUGCCCAAAGUCUCGAAAUAACUGGCGACGCAUCGGUGGUAACGGUCGUGAACGGUUCCGCUGGUGGUGAGCCAACCGGCACGGGUCUCGAUGGUGCCAGAAAGCGUAAAAUCUCAUCGGAGAUUUUACUGGAUGGUGUCGUGAAGGAUACAAACGAUGGUCUCAACUCACUGCAGCGUCACCGUCUCAAGGGUGCAUCGGCUUGGGGUAAUCUGGAAGAUGCGUACAACUCCGGUGAACUGCUGUCGAACGGUGGUGGUACUACCGAGGAGGAGAAGCAAGAGGAACUCGGACAGGUUACGGUGAAGCAGAACGGAUACACCGAGCUGAGCACGUGCAAGCCGAUAAUCAAUCAGGCAAUCAUUGUGGCGGAAGCACCGAAAGCCCGUCCCGAGGUGAGCAACCUGCCAGAGACCGAGCGGGAAGAACACAUUUCCCUGACGACGAUCAGCAUGAACUUUGUGCCGGAGCAGGAGCCGGACACGAACAUACCGGACGAUGUGAAGGUAUCGCGCUAUCCAUUCGGUAGCUUGGAGCGUCCGAAAUCGGACGUCCUCAAGAAGCUGCUCGGCCAGAAGGAAGAGCUAGAGAAUACGCCGUCCGUGUUUAUCUCGGCGGAUGGUGGUGAAAGUGUGGUGAGCACGAUCAAGAUCGAAAGCCAAACGGAGCGACGGUCUGAUGUCGGGGAACCGAUCAGCUUGACGUUGAUUAAUCCGGUCGAGAGCGAUCGCACGGAAAGUGGCCAACCGUCGCCUGUUUUUACGAGUGGAACCAACGGCGUUAGUAGCAUUAAUAUUUCCUCGAUGGAUUAUGGAAUGAUGCCCACUGCUGGGUCCAUCACGCUGAACGGAGGGAUGACAAAGUUUUCGCUCACCGCCGACAACAUCGUCACCAUCUCGACGGCGCUGGAUGGUGGUGUUGGCGGUACGGAAUCACAACCAUCAUCGAUCGUGAUGAUCGACGAUGAAAAGCUUGACUUUAGUCUGCAAACGCUGGAUGAUUUCGAUGAUCCGAUGGAUGCGCCGCCGCCAAUGGAUUUCGCUACGGACAGUGUGACGGAACACAGCACGGAACCCGAACCGGUCCCGACGAAGCUGCCGCUUGCUAAUGGUGUACCGUCCGAACAACCACCACAACCACCGCAACGAAGUUCGAUCGCAUUGAAUCGGCGCGAUAGCAACGGUGGCCCCAUGACGAACGGUACGACCGGUAGUUUCGUGACCGAGAUCACGCUGAAAGCACCGGAACCGCCAACGGCUGCUGAACGAUUACCCCCGGUACCACCGCCGCAGCAGAACGGUACGGGACCUUCGGCACCGCCGGUUAUCGCCAGCAAACCACCGAUUGUCACGAAGAAACCACCGAAACCGGAAGCGAAACCCACGACACCACCGUCCCGGAUACCGGUCGAGCGGCGCAUGUCCAGCGAGCACGGUACGAACGGCGGAUCGCUGAUACCGCGCAACGCCGAGAUCAAGUUUAGUACGGCACCGUACGAAUCCUCCCCGGUGGCCGGUACGAACAAAACGCCCACCCGCGGUGUCGAUCAGAUACGGUCCACGUUCGAGCGGUCGAACUCGAAAACGGAGAUCCCGGUACUGAUCCGGCGCACCUCGAUCCCAUCGAUCAAUCUGUCCCCGUCCGCGUCGGCUACCGGUGGUUCGAUGAGCAACCUCAGCACCAAAGCCAGCCCGUCCCGCAUACCGGUGUUCAGCUCGAACGGUACCAAGAUGAAUGGUGGUUCACCGCCGCCAACAUCGCAAAAUGGCACCACCCACACCAACGGGCUGUACCGCAGCAACAGCAACAGUACGAUCAUGAACAACAACAACAACAACCAUCUGGUCAACAACACCAAGAUGGCGGUUAGCAUCACCUCCAUUAAAAACCAAGCCAAGCAUCCGAGCGGCAAGUUCUAG